AUGAAUAUAUCGAUUAGCAAUACAUCACCAAUUUUAUCAUGUCGAUUAAAUCCAGUUCCAAGUAAUACUAGUUUUAAAACAUCCUGUGAAACACUUCUUAAAAGAAUCAAACGUCUUGAUACUCGUACACUUAAUUGUAUACUUGCUUAUGAUGAUCCAGACAAACCAUUGAUCGAUGAUGGUAAACAUACCUAUUUCUGGUAUUUAGCAAUUGGAAGUAUGAUUAAUCCAAUUUCAUUACAUUUACGUGAUAUAACACCAAUUAUUUCAUAUCCAGUUAAAUGUCCUAAUCAUAAAUUAGUAUUUCGAGAUCAAUGUGGAAUGGCAGAUAUUGAAGAAUGUCAAGGAGAAGAAUUUGAUGGAGUUGUACAUUUAGUACCUAUUGAACAAAUGGAUCGUUUAGAUCAAGUUGAACAUAUGUAUAAACGUAUUAUAGUUAAAAUAAUUGAUUAUGAACAACGUUCACACCUUGUUUAUGUUUAUAAAAUGAAUUUAAUUGGAGAAAAAGAAAGACCUAAAAGUACACCAUCAGAACGUUAUUUAGAUAUUAUUGUCAAAGGUUGUGAAUACUUUGGCGUUCGUUCUUCGUAUAUUAAUCGUUUAAAAUAUGAGCAACCAGUUAUACCUCGAAAAUUGCCAAAUACAUAUCGGACUAUUGAGAAUAUUCCAGAUAAUGUUUAUUAUACUAAUGAAGAUCUUGCAAAACAUGAUGGAAAAGAUCCGACACUUCCUUUAUGGAUUAGUGUUAAUGGAAAAAUAUUAGAAUAUAUAGGUGUACCACCUCAAAAUCACCCAGAUUAUGAUAAUCAAAAAAGGUUCUAUGACUUUGUUGUAUCAUAUUUUGGUGGACGAGAAGUUGUACCAGCUAUAUCACGAUCGUGGUAUGAACCAAUGUAUAAAUUACCAUUGAAUGAUGAUGAUAUUUGUGAUGAACAUCGUAUUUUAGCUGAAGAUAUGUGUGUUUCAUGGGGUCUUAAUUGUUGUAAUGGAGAUACGAAUACAAUAUAUUGGAAACCAAUUGGAAGACUGCGUAAGACAUUGAAUACAACUAAAAGCGAAUAG